AUUUAUAUAAUCAAAUUUCACCUUUACAACCAUCUAAACAAUAUAAUUUACAUCAAGUAGUUUGGAUUAAAGAUGGUGGCAAAGAACUUUGGGCACCCAGUAUAGAAUAUACAUUAAACAAUAAAGAAUUUAUUGCUUUAUCAAAUUUUAAUCGUGCUAAUUUAGCAAGACCAAUUUUAGAGCUUCAAACAAAAGACGGCUAUAUGAUUGGUUCAUUGAUGUCAAAAGUAGCAACGAAUGCACGUGAUAAUUCAUGUAUAAUGUAUGAACUUGAGAUCAAUAUUUCUAAGCCAAAAAAUACCAAAAAAUACAAGCUACAACAAUUUUUUGAUCAUGUACAUUAUUAUUUUCAUUAUGUAUUCCAUAGACGAUAUCAACUACUUGCAUAUAUUCAUAAUGCUAAAAAUGUACAAAAGGGAUUAUAUGACUUAUAUAGUUUUGAAAAAUUUGGUGAUUAUGAGUUUGUAGAUGUAUCAAGGAUACAAAGAUGUGUAGGAUUUUUGAGAGUUGGAAAAAGUUAUUAUGUUAUAGACAAGACAAAUUAG